GGGGGGCUCGGCUGGGUUCGGCGCUUCUUUCCCGGCCUUCCCCUGACAGAGGCUAGUCGGCCGGCAGAGCGGACCGGCGGGGUGGUGGUGGGGUUACACCAGAGCUCGGAGAUGGAAACUGAGGAGCCCGGGACCAGAUACUACACUCCUCUUCAACCAGCCUUUUAUCCCUUUUCCUACAACCAAAUGAUGGCUGCAGCUCCUAAUCUGGAAGUGAUGAAUGAGCAUGAAGGUCUUCAGGAAGACUUGGAACCAAACAUUGCUCAGGAACCUAUUCAAGCAACUGUUAAAGGAAGGAAAAGAAGAAAUAAAUCGACUGAACCCAAAAAAUCUGCUGCUAAACCUAAACCUAAACCUAAACCUGUAAAAUCCAAAGGAAAACAGGAAAAAAUCACAGAUAGUUUCAAAGUCAAAAGAAAAGUUGAUCGCUUUAAUGGUGUUUCGGAAGCUGAAUUGUUGACCAAAACUCUUCCCGAUAUAUUGACCUUCAAUUUGGACAUUGUAAUUAUUGGUAUAAACCCAGGUUUAAUGGCAGCCUACAAAGGUCAUCAUUAUCCAGGACCUGGAAACCAUUUCUGGAAAUGUCUUUUUAUGUCUGGGCUAAGCAGCGAACAAUUGAAUCAUAUGGAUGAUCAUACUUUGCCACAUAAAUAUGGUAUUGGAUUUACAAAUAUGGUGGAAAGGACAACACCAGGUAGCAAAGACCUCUCCAGCAAAGAAUUUCGGGAAGGAGGACGUAUUCUAGUGCAGAAAUUGCAGAAAUAUCAACCUAAAAUAGCUGUUUUUAAUGGAAAAUGUAUUUAUGACAUUUUUAGUAAAGAGGUUUUUGGAGUGAAGGUUAAAAAAUUAGAAUUUGGACUACAGCCACAUAAGGUUCCAGAUACAGAAACACUUUGCUAUGUGAUGCCAUCAUCCAGUGCAAGAUGUGCUCAGUUUCCUCGUGCACAGGAUAAAGUUCAUUAUUACAUAAAGCUAAAAGACUUAAGGGAUCAAUUGAAGGGGGUUGCAUCAUCUGCUGAAGUCCAGGAAGUACAGUAUACAUUUGAUUUGCAGCUUGCACAAGAGGAAGCUAAGAAGAUGGCUGUUAAAGAAGAAAAAUAUGAUCCAGGAUAUGAAGCAGCCUAUGGAGGAGCUUAUGGUGAGAGAACAACCUCUGAGAAUGAACAGUAUAUCUUCCCCACAAAUGGAACAGCAACCAACAUGGAGUACAGCAGUGGUUCUUCCGUUAGUGAUGUGCCUAAUGGACAGUGGAUGAUGCAAACUUUCACAGAUCAGAUUCCUGAAUUUAGCCUCUCAAGAGCACAAGAAGAAGGAAGAGUCAGUACUUAGAAUCAACUCUAUAUUCCACGGUCAUUGUUUUAAUGCAGUGGUCAAGAAUGGUACCUCAGUUCCCCAACUGAAGCAUUUGAAUAGCAUUGUACCUCUUAGUUUUUCUUAGGAUGAGUCAUUUUUGGUAGAUGAAUUAGAUUAAUUUAAAGAAGUGUCCUUUGUUAGAGAAAAUAAUUCUCUCCCCAUUCUUUCUUUUUUUGGUACAAAGUUUUAUGGCUAAAUUUAUUCCAUUUUUGCAGUUUUAGCCAAGUGAUUUCUUGUUUGUGAUGUCCAAUGUCUUGUUUUAAAUCCAUAUUUUGUAAGAUACUCUGUGAAGUUAUGUUUUUAAGAUAUCCCUUCCUGGGUGUUGGGAUAUACCCUAUGUGUGCUCAUUUAUAUGAAUUAAAGGGCGGAAAUGUUGAUUUAACAGUUACCAAACAGUACCAUAACAAGAUAGUAGAAAUGCAAGCCUACUCAUUAAGAGAACUCAGACAACUCCAGGUUAGUUUACCUCUUUCCCCAAAAAUGACUAGAUUCCUAAUUCUCUCUGGGUCUUGUCACUGGUAAUCAAAUGUGAAAACUGCCUUUUGAAAAAUGUGGGGCUGAGCCACAUUUACCCUAUUUGAAAUAUUUUUCAGGGACCCAAGUCUGUAUUUUUUAUUUCUGUUUACCAUUAUUGCAAUUGCAGUUCGUCUUUUCCUUCCUCCUACCACUUUGCUUUUAAUUCAUUCCCAAAUUAUUUUAGCUAUCAGUUACUACUGGAUAUGGUGCUCUCUGUAGGCAUAUGUUGCAAAAAUUUCAGUUGGCACUGCUGGUAUCAACAAAUGGUUCACUUUGAGUAAAACAAUGCUUUUCUAUGCAGUUGAUAUAACUACUUUUGUAUUUAUCGCUCUAAGUUAGGCUUGGAGAAGGAAAGAUAGAUGUGAGAACAGGAGUUGCACUAUUUUUUCUGUGUCACUCCACUGUUCUGCUUGUAGAGGAUAUGCACUCUGUUAGAAUAUUCUGCCUGCUGUGCUAAAUUUGCAGUGCAACAGAUUGUGACUAUUAUCUUUUUAAAAACACCGUAGUUCCUACUGAGAAUGUUUGUGCUAUCUAUGCCUUCUUUUCUCCUCCAGCCUGCUUUUUCCUUGAGGGGUAGAGAUAAAAGCAAUAAAAGAAGUAAACAGAGUUUUUCAGAAUCUAUUGAUUAGGUGCUUUAGAUACUUGAAUUAUGUACCAGAACUCUAUUUCAAUGUGUAUAUAAUUUAGAUUAUCUAACUACUUCACAAAUAGCUGGAAAUGUUUAAAAUGUUUUAUUGGCGUUAGGAAGUAGGGUUGUAUGGAUCAAUUGAAUUUAAAGUCAAACCAUAGCUUGCAGUCACUUUGGAAGUUUUCCAGAGUGUUUUGAUUUCUUGCUCAUUAAAAGAUGAGUGUAUUUAUGACCUGCCACAAAAUAAUGUACAUUAGUCCUCCAAGCCAAUUCUUUUUAAUAUUAAGAUGUGUAUCUAGUUCUCAUCAUGUUGGUUAGUCUGUGGAAACUCCAUUGUCAAUAAUGUAGUAAAUUCAUUUGUAGCACAAUCUUAUCCAUGUUUAUUCAAAUUGAGCUCCACGGUAUUCAACAAGGUUUACUUCCUAGUAAGUGUGCUUAAGAUUACACACUUAUGUGUCACUGUUUACAUGGAUACUUUUUUGCAAGUGCUUGAAGUGCCUUGCAUCAGGGAUCUGGAACAUUUUUUUAAACAGAAUUGUCUUGCUGCAGAUCAUGCAUAGCUCACUAUUAUGAUGUGAAAAAGGAAUAACUUGUUUUGAAAGAAACAUCCAGUUAAUGAGAUAUGAAUGCACAUCAGUUCUAGAAUAUGGUGCUUUAAAAUGUAUUUAAUAUGUCUGAUCUGCCUUUUUUUUUUUUUUUUUGCAAAAAAAUUUCUUAUAAUA